UUCUACAUCAAGUGGAUUUUCGAAGGAGUGGUCGGAAGGUUCGCCGGCACGGUUCUGGCGGUUUUGACAAGGGAAGAUAAGUUCCCAUUAUAUGAUGUUAUGAUUUAUGAUUAUAAAGAAGAUCUCAAGAACUACCCAGAGGAGACUCCAAGGGAUGUUAUGAAUGGUUGCAUCCUGAAGUUGUGCCGGGCUCUUGUGCACUCAACAGAUAAAGGAAAUAUCAAGGAAGGAAUACAAAAGCUUGAAGGCGGUCUUAGGGGUGUACUGGGUGAACUUAGCCCAGUUCAAAAGAGAGAGAUGCUUUAUCUUCUCGCAGUUGGACAUUACAGAGAUGGUGACUAUGCAAGUAGCUUAUCUUACUUGAACCAAUGUUUGGAGAUUGCACCCCACUUCAACUAAGCAUUGACCCUG